AUGGUGAAACUGAUCCAGACUAUGCCGGCGCAAUGGAAGAUGCAGGAUUGGAUCACAGCUAAUGAUCUUGGUAAUGGGAAAUUUCUUCUCAACAUUGUUAAUGAAGAAGAUCUACAAUCUGUUCUUCGUCAAGGGCCUUUACACUUCAACUUUUGCAUGGUUGUGCUUGAACGAUUGGAACCGGUUGUUCAUGAUGACUAUCUUUGGGUCAUCCCGUUUUGGGUAGAGGUUGCAGGCAUUCCACUACACUUGUGGACGAUUAAGAACCUGCGAAACUUUGGUAAUAGACUGGAUCACAUUGAUACGGUUGGGCUAACAGCAGGCCGGAUGCUAAUAGAUGUGGACACUAGGAAGCCUCUUACUUUCACUAGGAUGAUUUCAUUUCCAGAGGGAGAGGAAGUCUCCAUUCAAAUCCACUACGACAAGCUCUUCAAGCAUUCUAUAACCUGUAGGAUGUUAACAGACGAGAAAGCCUCAUGUCCGAUGUCUUCGCAGGCUGUAAACACUCAGGGAGACCGCACUGAUGUGUUUGCAAGGGUCCAGCUCCCUAUGAACGAAGUGUCUCGACAGUCUUUUCUGCGAGAUGAGAAGCCAUGUGAAAAGUUUGAUCGUUAUGGCCUCUUGGAUUAUGGCAAGAGUAGUCGUUUCAGUAACUCACCGACAAGGAAGGAAAGCCACGCGGACGGUUUCAUGAAGGAUGCUAGGGCCUCUCAUUAUCAUAAUGAUGCUUAA